AUGGAGGAUAGAGACAAUGCACCUGCUCCCGAAGAGCUGUUGGAAUUGGUUGAGAAGCAGGACAUGAUGAUGGAUUGUUUAUUGCAGAAGUUGGAAAUGUGUCAAGAUCAGAUCAAAUUACUUCGUGAAGCCGAACUUAAGAGGCAAGAAUCGGAACAAGAGGCGAAUAAACUCGUUGCCGUCGCACAAGAAAAAGUCAACAGCGCACUAGCAGUGGUUGAACAGCUCCAGGCUGAAAAGCAGAAGCUUGAGAAAGAGCUAACGGAGAUAAAUGCAAAACUUGAAGAAGAUAAACCAGUUGCUUCUGUCAUUCAGCUUCGUAAUAGAAUAAAAGAGCUCGAGUUCGAACUGCUCCGUCAACAACGUGUUUGUAGUAGCCUUCAGACGGAUCUGGAUUUCCAAAAAUCUCGAACUGAUCAGAUGCGGGAAGAAAUAAAUGAAUCCAACAAUUCAAACAAGUCUGUAGUUGCAUCGCUUUCAUCCAAGAUAGAAGAUACUGUUGAGGAGAUGGCCAAGCUUCGUGUCAGGUGCCAAUCGCUGCAGGACGAACGAGAACGUAUUGAGGGUGAGCUUGGUGGUGAAUUGAAGGUAGCGAAUCAGCGAUGUUCACAUUUGCAAGCUCAUUGCGACCGUUUGUCGGUCGAAGUCAUUAAUUUGAGGAAAGAAUGCAAGAUAGCUGAGUGCCGGUUAGCAACCCUUGUGGAAGAGAAUGCUGUUCUUCGGGAGAAAAUCAUAAGUGGUUCUUCCGAAGGAUGCGAUGCAGAACAGAUGCAAAAGUUAUUGAAGGACCAAAGUCACUUGAUUGCUGCACUAAGAGAGGAGGGAAAAUUACUGAUGCAACAGCUAUCCUCAGAGAGGAAAGAGAAUAGGGUUAAAUUGAAAGCUCUCAAGAACGAGAAUCAUGAACUCGAGGAUCGUCUUCAGAAACUAGUUAAUAUCUAG